GCUUUGGCAAUCGACCAGCAGUGUGCAAGUUUCUAGACACAGGUCCUGUGGGCCUAUGCCAUGCUGCUUUUCUGCGCCAAGGACGGAAGUGACGACUAUGGCAAUUGUGCUGGCUACUACAAGCCGGACCCGGACGGUCGCCUUUUGAACGGCCACCUCGCAUACAGGAACGACGAAAAGAGCCGCUUUCUUGGGAGAACAGCUGCAGGCUCUUGGAUUCUCGGUCCUCUUUCAGAUUUGCCUGGACACUUGGAUACUCAACAAAGUCAUUUUGGUGGAUUCCACAGCACGUCCCUGAGCCCGGCCAGCGAAGAUGCAUGGGAUAGAUAUGCCGUGCAUCAGCUUCAAGAGGUGGAAGUCUUGACCAAAGAAGGGGAAACCGAUUAUGCAGAUUGCAGUGGCAGAUAUCUAGAACUUGCCGAAAAGACACUCAACCACAAGCCAGUGUACGUUAACCAUUCCCGCUCCCGUGUGCUCGCAUCCACAGAGAGAGGGUGGGUAAUUUUCAGUGCGGAAUUCUUAGAUGAGUUUUUGGAUACUCAGCCCAAUUCAUUCGGCGGAUUUCAUAGCACACCUGAGUCCGAACCAGUCGCAGGUUGGGAAAGGUACGUCGUGCGGUUCUUGCACGGCGCCCUGCCUGCGACAGGUUGGGAGAAGCUGCUUAACACCAAAGUCUCCUUUCAGGCUGUGUCCAAUUCGGGGGUGUGCCGCUCAGGGCAAGACUUCGAAGACAACAAGAAGAAGUGCCUUCAGUUGGAUUGUGGCGGGUUCGCAUGGCGAAAACCUCGCUUCAAUCAGUUUGGUGAGGAGGAGGAUCCCCCUGUGUGCUUCUUCUACCGCAGGACGCAGGGCCAGUUGAAAGAGGCCGCGGUGGAAAGCAAAGACUUUGACUUCUACUUGGCACCGGCCCAUCAUUGCCCAGACUGUUCUUUCAAGCCCGGGCGGGAUCCUGCUCCGUCAUGCCAUGUCAGAUGGGUGGAGAAAAAGGUGCAUGCAUUUGCAUGCCAGGUUCUUGUAAAUGAGCCUUCGCCAUGUACCUACUAUAUGACUUGUGGCUUUCAUUGUGGAUAUUGUGGUAUUCAGCAGCAUGAUGGCCUCAAGCAGCAGGUCUUGUUUUCCCUGUGGAACCAUCCACAGGCUCAGAAGGUGCAAAAUCUUUGGGUCGCGCCGGGCGUUUUCGCUGAACCCUUUGGGGGCGAAGGCAUGGGCGUUGGUGCAUACUCCGUCACCGGCACUGGGGAGACCACUGAUUCCUCCGUCGCUGCUUGGAGCGCUGGAGUUCCUUACACCUUCCUGGUACGCUCCAAAGCCGUCUCUGCAGGCUCCGAGAUCAGCUGUAGCUUUUACAAGCCGGAGGGCUGGGUGGACCUGGCGCGACACUGGCGUCCGGAGCCGGAGGAGGAGCGAGGCCAGCUGCGUGGGCUUUAUAGUUUCAUUGAGGAUUUCGCAGGGAAUUCUCUGCGGCGUUCAGCUUGCUUCUCUGCUUGGGUGCAAGACACUCCCGAGAGCUCCUGGCGCCCCGUGAGAAAGGUGGAAGGCACCAGUACGGCCGAGCGGGACGUGCCCAACAAGUGCGUGAGAAGGAGGUGCAGUGAUGUGGGCGACUUGGUGGAAAUGAUCAGUGGAGGAGAUGCCUUGGAUGAUUACUCCCUGUGUUGUGGGGAGAUAGAGGGUUGCCCUGUGCCUCGCGAGCUCUUGGGACCUUGAUGGCCAUUGAUGGCUUGCAGAGCUGCGGCGUAGCUGGAACCACAAGUUACAUAACACUUGGCAGUCUGGCUUCAGGCUAGCCAUGGUUGACACCGCCUUUCCCCCGAAAAGUCUAUGCUCC